GGAAAAUGAGCUAGUGGAGUCUGAGGAGCAAUUUAUUGCGAAGCGAAAAGAUAAACUGACAUUAGAGCAAUAUAAUAUUUACAAAAUCAGUGAACAUAGAUUACUAUAGAUCAAUGGAUUGAUACUUUAUGACAUAUUACACAGGCGCCGUAAAGAAACGUGAAAAGAAAACAAGUGGAGAACAAACAGUGACAUCUGUGUGCGUGUAGGUAGAUCAUGGUUAAGGAAAGACACACUUGGUGGUUUUUGGAUCCGAAGGACAACCUUUUACACAUCAAUGUGGGUGGGUUGAGGCACACUCUAUGUUCAAGCAUUCUGAAGAAGUUCCCGGACACGCGUCUUGGCCAGCUCUUGUCCUGUGACUCAGAAGAUGACAUUCUACAGCUCUGUGAUGAUUUUGAUAUUCAACAGAAAGAGUUUUACUUUGACCGUAACCCUGGCCUUUUCCCUUAUGUCCUGCACUUCUACCAGACUGGCAAGCUGCACAUUAUGGAAGAGCUGUGCAUUUUCUCCUUCUCUCAGGAAAUAGAGUACUGGGGCAUCAGUGAUUUUUUUCUGGACAGCUGCUGUAGUUACCGUUACCUUGAUCGUAAACUGGAGAGACAUCAUAAAUCCUGGGAUGAAGAGAGUGAUGUUAGCAGUGUGGAUACGUCGGUUGAUGAGAUUUCUGAUCUGAACAAAGAUAUCGAACACUUCCAUGAAAUGCGUUUUGGAAACAUUCGAAAGUGUCUGUGGCUAACAUUGGAAAAUCCAGGUUAUUCAAUUCCUAGCAAACUUUUCAGCUUGCUUUCCAUUUGUGUGGUGUUAAUAUCAGUUGCCACCAUGUGUAUCAAUAGCAUUCCAGAGUACCAGAUAUUUGAUGAAAAUGGUAAUCCAACCGAAGACCCAACUAUGCAUGUUUUAGAAGUGUUCUGCAUCUGCUGGUUUACCUUUGAGGUAGUAACACGUAUGCUUCUUGCACCAAACCAUCGUAAGUUCUUCCUGCUACCACUAAACCUGAUUGAUAUCAUCUCAGUGAUGCCAAUUUACAUCACUAUCUUUUUUGAUCUGCUCAUUGGGAGUGAGUCAGAGCUGGACAACUUGGGAAAACUUGUCCAGGUGUUGCGGCUGAUGAGAAUCUUCAGGGUGCUGAAGUUGGCUAGGCAUUCAACAGGGUUAAGGUCACUAGGUGCUACACUACGGCACAGCUACAGAGAGGUUGGAAUCUUAUUACUGUACCUGGCAGUCGGUGUAUCAGUGUUCUCCGGAAUAGCUUACACUGCAGAAUAUGAAGAAGAUGUUGGUUUGGACACAAUCCCAGCAUGCUGGUGGUGGGGGACUGUUAGUAUGACAACAGUGGGAUAUGGAGAUGUAGUGCCAGUGACAGUGGCAGGAAAGCUGGCCGCAUCUGGCUGCAUCCUAAGCGGUACAUUAGUUGUGGCACUACCCAUCACCAUCAUUUUCAACAAGUUUUCACAUUUUUACCGCAAACAAAAAGCUCUUGAGGCUUCAGUGCGAAACAGCAACAACAAGAGGCUUAUAAUAAGACAACAGAGUGACAGUGAAGACAGCGCAAUACAUGGUCAUAACCAUUGUUUGGAGGAUGAAGAGAAGGAUGAAGAUGUGAAUUAUGAGAGAGGAGUUGUCAAUUUUUGCUACGAAGACCUUCCACUGACAAAUAGAUUCUGAUGUGUCCACUAUGCAAGAAAAGUGAUUUUUUUGGAAUAUUAUACCAAUAUCAAACAUCAUAUCCUGGCUGAAAAUGGAUUAGGAGGACAAAUUAAAGGAAAAUCCAUCUGAUCCAGUGGUUCUGCUAUGCUGUGGGGGGCAUUUUGCUGACAUGGUUUGGAUCCACUUGCUCCCUUUGAGGGAAGAGUGUUUCUUAACCGGAAGGCUGCAUCCUUUUUAGACCAGUACUUCUGAGGCUUUUAGACUAGAGUUAUCCUCAGCAUUAAACAACAGAAUGAGACAGUCUAGCAAGUUGGCAUGGCUCCCCUGCGGUCACAGCAUGAAAAUACUAUGGAAAUUUAAUUUUGGGGAAAAAACUAUAUUGAAAAUCUUCAUAUUAUCUGCCUUUUUUUAACACAAUACAGUGAACAACUGUCAGAUUUUUUUUAUUUUUUUUUGCGAAUUGGAAUAAGCAAUAAUUUUGAAGUCAAGUCACAGUUAUAUUAUAUUUAUAUAAUGCUUUAUUCAAUACAAAUAGUUCCAAAGCAGCUUCACAGUAAUAAACAGGAAAAUAACUGUCAGUGUUAAGUGCAUAAAUUAUGAAAAACUUAUAAAGCAGCUCUAGGUAGAUAGCAAUAGUGCCAUUAUUCAGCUCAAGUCAGUUUAACGUUGAUUCAAUUCAGUGACUAUGUCAGUUUUGGAAAGUUUAUCAGUUAUAAAACAACUUCAAAGGAAGCUAUACAAAAGAAAAUAGUAUCAUUAUUCACCUCAAUAUUAAAGUUUUGCUCUUACUGAAUAGCCUUAGUGAAGUCAAUCAAUUUCUGAAACAAUAUAGUAAUUGUCUUUUAAACCUCAACUGAGCAACCAAAACUCCAUCAGACAACAGUAGUAAAGAAAAAACCUUGGGAGAAAACAGGCUCAGUCAGGAGGCCGGUUUUCUUCUGGCCUUAAAUGAACAAA